UGUCGUUUGUUUUUUUUACUGGAUUAAAGGGUUCAAUGAUCAGAGUCCGGCAGUCACGUAGUGGAGAUGACUUGGUUAAGUCAGCAGUGCACAUCGUUCGUGCUAUAUUCAGGUAUAGCAGCAGACGCGCAUUACCACAACUGAGCAGGAAAAAGCUUCAACUUAAUUACAUUUGUCUGUGAGUACCGUCCAGUGUACUGUCUGACAUCAAACCCCGCCGCCACUGGACGAUGUACAGAUUUACUCAUCAAGCUGAAACACAGAGUUAUGUCUAGAUAAAAGGAGGUACUCCUAUAGCCCGACGACAUGGCGCCGACUCAUACUACGAGCAACAUGACUACGAUCACGUAUGCACGAAUCAUUAAAUUCAUGGUCCCGCUAGCGUUCACCAAGUUAGUCGUCAUAUUCGGCAAUCAGGCUCUGAGUAGGGGUCUAACCUCCGCAGAGAAUGCGACACAGGCUUUGGCCAGUUUUGGUAUCGCCUUCUUCAUCUGUCAGUUCAUGGUUGGUAUUGUCUUCGAGUUCACCAAUGUCAGCCUGGUCUUAGUACGCAGCAAACGAGAUGGUGUCGUGGCGUUGGUCUGCAUGCUUGUUGUAGGCGUGUUGAUAGUUGCCACGGCACUGCUGAUCGCAGGUUUGACAGCAUUUGGUACAUUUCUAACUGACACCGUUUAUAACCUAUCCCAAGAUGUUGCUCUUGAUGUGAGAAAAUGCAUGUUGUAUUUAGCAAUAUGGCCGCUGAUAGAAGGAUUGAACUGGUUUUUGUUUGGCCUACUUUUGUCUCGAGAGCACAGUGUGUUUGUUGGGGCAGCCCAGGUACUCGAUAUUGUGGUUCGGGUAGUUUUUCUGUUUCUACUACCCAUGACAAGUCUACUACAGACUAGGCCGCUGCUGAUCCCAAUUCUUUCCAUGUAUACGGGGAUGUUUUUAAGAGUAUCUACAGCAUUGGCAGGAUAUGUUAAGUACUUACAUCGCACACUGGAAAGGGACACGCCUGUAAAUGCGCGUCUUACAGCGAGGCAAGCCUAUUCCUUCUGGUUGCCCCUGGCAAUUGUGAACGUGUGUCAGAAUGUUAGUUUCCCACUUACCAAUCUUCUCGUUGCUCGGGAUCUUGCAGACACCCCAGAGGAAGCGGCCAAGGCUAUUGCAACGCUGUCAAUCUGCUACCCUACAUCAAUGAUGACCUACCACUGGCUCAUCGAUGGAAGAUUCCUCUUUCCACUCUAUCUUGAUCCAAGCGAAGAACCCGUGGAAAACGAUAACAGACGGAACACCGUCCACCACAUCACGCGUUUCAACAUCGGCUACUUCGUGAUUUCAUUAACAAUCUGUGUUAUUCUCUUUUGGAUACCUGACGUCAUAAACAAUGUACUGAUGACUUUAUUAGGAUUGGACAAAACAAUUGCUGAUAUGUGCAUCGUACCACUAAGAAUAUUGACAGCAAUUCCAAUAACAGUAUCAAUCAGAACACACCUGACAUCUUGGCUGAUGUGCAUCAAGAGAGCAGAAGCCGUCUACCCUAGUGCUGCAGUGCGUCUCGUCUUCGCUGUAGCGUCCGUGUUUGUGCUUCCGGUUCUUGGAAUGCACGGUGCUCCGAUGGGCGCCUUGUCUCUGGUUAUCUGUUUCACCUUGGAGAUGCUGGCAGUCGUCGUUGCGGCAGCCUUCAUCAACUACUGGAACAAGGGCCGUCAGUCAGACUUGACUCCCACAUCGAGAUACCACCCUACUGAGGAUGAACUUUAUAAUUACUGCUACACGGCUGUAUCAGGACAGGAGACGAGAGUUUAAGAAAUAAUCUGUUGUGUGCUCCAGGAAAGAAAAAACGAUCUCUAGAAAACAACAACAUUGGAUUUUAUUACAGAAUCAUCUUGUCUUCACUUAAAGACUCUUUCAGAAUUCUAAAUCAGGGUUUGCUGUACCUCAAUAUGACACUUUUUUGUUUUGUGUUCUUUGGUGUUUGUUUUUAGCUGAUGCGUAAAAUACUUGAAAACAUGUUUCCCAGUUUACUCUGCUACUGGCACUUGUGUUUAAAUUAUAUGUAAUAUGCGAUUGAUAUGGAGUCAAUACUGAUAAAAAGGCUGCACUGUGUUAAUAGUGGGCAUGGAAUGCAAUAAUACAGGUAUUCUUAUAAAUUGGAUGUUUGGGAAGUUUUCUGAGAAACGUCAGAAUUAUAUCCAUUGUUUGAAAUCAAGGAAAUACAACAGAGAUAUAUAUCCCAGUUUUUCCACUGACCAAAAGAUGAAGAAAGUGGGACAUCCGUUAAAAAAAAUAUGGUUUUUCGCUGCCAUGAAUAAUAGGAAAAUCAGAAUGACAAAAUAUAGUUGCUAAUAAUAAGCUUUUUUUCUUUCGUCUAUAUCUCCUAUAGUGCCUCAGAAGUGAGAGUACCGUCGUAAAUGAGGUCAUAUAAGUGAUCAGACUCCUUGUCUGCUAAUUCUGCCAAAUUCCGUAUGUCCCAAUUAGUACCCAAUUUGUUUCGGAAAAGUUGUGACGUUUGCUAAUCAAAAAUAUCAUACUUGUCUCCCGAAAAUGUACGUGAUUCCUUUUGGGCAGUUACGUUUUACCAAUAUUUUACCAAAAAUGCUCAACAUCUUCCCCAGUCCAACACAUUUCCCAAAUCUCCUGCCACACUAGGCAGGAGAUUUGCAGACUCGGAGUGGAUUUCAAAGGAAUGUCAGUGUCCUAAUUACGUUGCAGUUAUCAGGAAGGAAAACAGCACUAAACAAAUAACAAUAUGGCGUUCUCUGUUAAACCAUACUAUAAUCAGGCUAACAAGAUCAAUUGUUUUCCACUCAUGAAAUGCUUAGACUCAUAUUGAAAAGACAGCUUGUCAUUUUAGUAAGAUAUAAAUAAAUAUUGUCGUGU